AUGGGUAUCGACUUGGAUCGCCACCAUGUGCGCAGCACCCAUCGCAAGGCGCCAAAGAGCGAGAACGUCUAUUUGCAGGUCUUGGUGAAGCUCUAUCGCUUCCUUGCCCGCCGCACUGAAUCAAACUUCAACAAGGUUGUGCUGCGCCGCCUGUUUAUGUCCCGUAUCAACCGCCCUCCUGUCUCGCUCUCCCGCAUCGCCUCCAACGUGACCGACUCCCACCAGGGCAAGACUGUUGUCGUGAUCGGCACAAUCACCGAUGACAACCGUCUCCUGACUGUUCCCAAGCUUUCCAUUGCUGCCCUGCGCUUCACUGCCACUGCCAGAGCCCGAAUUGAGAAGGCUGGUGGUGAGACUUUGACCCUGGAUCAACUUGCUCUCAGGGCACCUACUGGAGCAAACACACUCCUCCUCCGUGGCCCCAAGAACGCCCGGGAAGCCGUGAAACACUUCGGUUUCGGCCCUCACAGCCACAAGAAACCAUAUGUCCGAAGCAAGGGUCGGAAGUUCGAGAGAGCUCGUGGACGGAGAAGGUCUCGCGGUUUCAAGGUCUAAGGGAUUGGGAAUGCUUGUGAUUGUUUGGCAGUCGGGAUAUUCCUAGAUUAAUCGAGGCUCUGGCAUAAGACUAUGUUGUCUUUGGGAUACCUCUUCGGGCCACUACAACGCGAGUUCCUCCAUCCAGCUUGACUGUGGAGGCAAUUCACGGAAUUUCCAGUUAGAUUACGUCGAACGGAAUGAAAAAUGAAAAUGUUGUUUUGAAUGUCAUUAGUCCGAAUAAAAGACUACAGUAUUUACAAGCUUUGAUGCUUCCACUUCUUGCCUCCUUCACCUUCGAAAUAAUCGCCAGCUCUAUGACCUUCCCCACGAAUCAAGUAUUU